AUGCUAGUGCGGGCCCACACGGGGACAGGGCUGUUUCCACCUUCUGGUCACCUGCCCCGUGCUGUCAGCCAGGGCCCAGGAGCUGCCCGGUGGGCUCUACCAUGCAGACCUGGCCUGGGUGCCUUUGCCCUCUCGGCCCCUCCUGGAGGCAGCCUGGUGGGUGGGAGCGUGGAGUCUGGGCCCCUUGGAGCCACUCUGCCCCAGGCCCCCCAGCACGCACACCCGGACCCACUGCUAUGGCCCUGGCCCCCGGGCGUGGCCCCCGAGCACCUGGUGACCACCACCCAAGGCCCCUCAUCCUUCGCCUGCUGCCUCCGGACCCCGCGAUGCACCCUCACUGUCCCGGGUCAGACGAAGCCUCUGCCCUCACCGCCUGGAGGCCUGGGGGUGGGGGGCCGAGUAAACAGCAGCCUCCCCCCAGGAGGGGGAGCACAGCCGCUGCAGCCAGUGGGGACCGACCCCCAGCCUGGCCCUGGGCUCCACCGAGUGGCCCAGCGAGCAUGGCCAGGUGCUGCGGGCUGGGGGGCCCCGGAGGCAGGCGCGGGGGCGGCCCGGCGGGCCCGAGGCGAGCAGCGGAGGCACACCAUCACCAACGGCAUCGACUGCGACCUGUUGAAGCAGCUGAAGGAGCUGGGGCAGGAGCAGGAGGCGCUGCUUCAGGGGCUGGAGCUGAUGGCACGGGGCCAAGGCUGGUACCAGCAGGAGCUGCAGCGCGUGCGGGAGCGCCAGUGCCGCCUGGGCCAGGGCAGGGCCAGCGCCGACUUGGGGGCUGAGGGGAGCCCCCACCCCCUGGGGCAGCUGCUGCCCAAAGUGCAGGAGGUGGCCCGAUGCCUGGGGGAGCUGCUGGCCGCGGCCUGUGCCGGCCCGGUGCCGCCCCUGCCCUCCUCAGGGCCCCCUGGCUGGCAGCAGCAGGCCAUCGCCAUGCUGAAGGAGCAGAACCGGCUGCUCUCCAAGGAGGUGACAGACAAGAGUGGGCGCACCCAGCUGGAGCGGGAGAAGUCGGCCCUCAUCAAGCAGCUGUUCGAGCUGUCCCUGAUGGGGUGGGGGUGGGGGUGCCCAAGGACCCCACUAGGAACAAGCCCCUGACGCCAACGAUGCUUUUUUUUUAAAUCAUCUUUUAUUGUCAAAUAAA